AUGGCUUUUUCCAGCAGAGCCUCCGGCUCGGCUAACGACGCCGUCGGACAGUCCGGCUACUACACGCUCGAGAACAAGGCUUUCGAUGACGAACACGACCGACAAGAAUACUUCCAGAUUGCCCAUUACCACGGCGAGGCCGGAAACAUGCAGAUGACCGAAAAAUGCAAGGAGACGAACGGACAGCUCAUCGAGCGUUUCAGAGAGCAGCAGGGAAGCUUCGGCGUUCCCAUGCAUCACAUCAACGUCAAGAUCGGCAAGCAUCCGACCCUCCCCCCUGAAGUGUGCGAUGCAGUCAAGAACGGCGAGCUCAGUGACUUUGAUGUCAACGACAUCUACGUUGUUGGGUACAAGAUGGGUGUGUCUGGAAAGGGCAGGGACGCGAGCCACGUCCUCGGAGAUGACAGCAUGAGAGACACCGUCGUGAUGGAGUACAAGGUCCUCAAGACCUUCCUGGGUCUUCUCGUCUUGAUGGAUCUCAAGGGAUCCGUUCGAGACAAGCCCAUCACCGGAAGGGUCUGGCGGGCGUACGUUCGACUUGUUUACGACUCCACCAUGAAGUUGCAAGGACUAGUGUCUGCCAAGAACAUCAAAGACAAGAAGGACCCCAUGAAACAGGACUCCGCCCUCGAAUCGAUCCAACUUGGUCUCCAGUCGCUGUCCAGCAUGACACGCCGUGCAGGGCAGUCAAUCUGGGGGCCUAUGCAUACCUUUAAAGGCCCCCUAGACAGAGCUCCGGGGGGCUAUUGGUGUCCUGGGGGACUAUUAUAG